AUGGAGCGCACUCGCUCGAGCAAAUGCGAUCUGCCGACAGAAAAGGUGUUCUCAAUACAAAUUGGGUCUGAGGUCUUCCGUCUCUCGGGAGCUUCAAUUGCCUCCGAUGCUCCAUCUUAUUUUUCACGAUUUUUUGAGGAUCAAUUACGGCAAAGUCAAGAUGUCUCUAGUGUGAGGACCCUCUACAUCGAUCGCGAUCCCACGACGUUCCGCGAAAUCGCCAGGCAUCUGCAGGGCUACCAUAUCCGGCCCCAGGAUGGCGCGCAGUUCGUCAAAUUAUUUGCAGACGCGCAGUUCUAUACAUUGCCCCGGCUGAUGUCCCAAUUAUUCGAGGCGGAGUGCUUCGUCCAAAUCGGCGACCGCCAUUUUCAAAUCCCUCGCGAUAUCUUUUCGAGUCCCGGCGAUUCCCCUAAUUUCUUUACCCUUGGGUUCGCGGCCUUCUUUGCUUCCCCAUCCGAAGUCUUCCCCGGCCUAGACCGUCAAGGACUUUUGCGACCUCCAGCCAUCAUUCCCCCCAGCGUCCCGAACCGGUCCGCGGAUGUCUUUGACGAGCUUUUACACAUGCUGCGCGGGUAUCCGCUACACAUUAGAAAUGAGGAUCAUCGAGCGUCGCUCCUGCGCGACUGUCGUUACUUCCACCUCCGCGGCUUAGAACAGAAGUUGAUUCCGCAUCAAAUCGCGACAAACCCUUUCAGCCAAUCUUUGGAAAUUCUCAUACGGCUGGAAGAUGUACGGCCGUCUGGGAUUCAUUUCGCCUCUGGUACAGCCUCUGGAUCGCCUGAAGCGGGCGGGAUGGUCACAUACGCGCGCCCCUUUGUAGACGAGAACGCCGCUGAUUUGGUAGUCGAGAUCGGCGACGAGUGCAGUCUAAUACAUAGAAACACCAUGCAGAUCGAGUUUUUGGGCCUUUCGAAGCAAAGAAUUGCCAGUCUGUUACAAACGGUAGGCAAAAGGAUGAACCUUUCUGAUCUACAGCCGCCAUUGGGCCAAGGCCCACUCGAGCUGCGCAUCGAUCGUGAAACUGAUCUCACUGUCGAUGGUGAGCAAGACCCUCUGCAUUUGACGAUACCUAAAGCCAAUUCCGAAGCUGGAGCAAAUAGUGCGCCUCCAGCUAAACGCCCACGAUCCGAAGCUUGGGACGGCGGGCCCUGGGUUGUUCGGACAGGGCAAUGGCGACUGCAGGUGCAGCCGGGGCCUACUGGGGCAUAUAAGGUUGUCUUUUUUGCUGUCAAACUGGAUAUUUAUACCAGUUCGCAGGUCCGAAAUCGAUCACGGACAUUUCUUUAG